AUGUCUGUGGCACGCCAUUCUCUGGGUGCCUCCGCGUCCGGGGCUGGGUCUAUGGGCUCUACGACUCUGGCUGGUGCUUCGGCAGCAGUAGGUACGAUGCUCAAUGAGAUCGAAGACUUUAGUAAAUCAGAUCUUUUUGGUAAGACUUACAAAGGGCCCAUCUUCAAGUGGACAAGCACUGGUGACGCCGCCCGUAUUAUUCAAAUUGCUGCUCUCUGCUCCAAAGCGGUCUACAAGAAGGACCCGGGCCAUGUUGUCCCCCAACUCCUGGACUAUGCCAAUAAAGACAGACACUGGAUAGAGCCCACCAGAGACGGCUCGGGGAAGGCCGCCGCUAUUUUUGAGAUCUUGCCGACUGACCCGUCAGCUCAGCGAAAGGUACUAGUCGUUGCUGUUAGAGGGAGUGCAAGUUCUAUCGACUGGCUGGUCAACCUGAAUAGCGACCUAGCUGAAUAUUCUGACUUGGUGGUCGGUACAGGUAAUCAUGACCUCAAGCAAACAACCGAAAGAUUCAACUUCUGGUUUAUGGUCCGGGAUCGAGUCGUGGGACUAACUUAA